AUGGGAUUAAAUAAUUACGAGCAAAAAGAUUUGUUAAGGCGUAUUAAAGAAUGGAAUGCUACGAGACUGGAUUUAUUUAAAAUUUCGGAACCUAAUAAGCGAAAUGAAUUCAAUGGUGUUGUACGUUUCUUUUUUCGUGGAGAUGAUGGAAAAUAUCAAAGCAAAUGUAUACGUAUAACAAAUACAGAUACAGCAAGAUAUCUUGUAAAUAUUCUAGUUGAAAAAUUUCAUCCUGAUUUACGUAUGCUUACUGCUGGACGUUAUGCUAUCUAUGAAUAUCAUGCAAAUAAUGGAGAACGGCGUUUAGGAGCAGAUGAAGCACCUUUACUAGUUCAAUUGAAUUGGACAGCAGAAAAUCAAGAAGGACGGUUCAUAUUACGUGAUGAAUCUAAACCCCAAACAAUCACUCGUCCUGAUUCAAAUUAUCAAAAUGGUUCAGCGACAAUCAUAACAUCAACAUCAACAACACAUGGAUUAAAACAAAGAAAAAAUAGUAAAAAUUUAUUAACAACAGAGAAUAACACAGAUGAUAAACAAACACGUGGAUUUGUUAGACGAUGGUCAUCAGGAUCAAGAAAGAAACAAAGAAAAUCUAGUAAAAAUCGUUCUGAUUUUAUAGAUGAUGAAUUAGAACAAAUUCCUGAUACUACAUUUACACGAACAUUAUCUAAUCCAGAUGAAGUAUUACGUCGACGUCGACAACAACGAAUACACAAUCGAAAUCAAUGUAUGGAUAUAACUGAUGGAAUUAAAAGAGGUAGUUUAGUUAAAAUUUACGGUAGUUCAUUAAAUCCAACAAUACCUUACAUAUUAUUACCAAUAUCAACUAAUGAUACAGCUGAACAAAUUGUAUUAUGGACAUUAGAAAAGUAUAAUUUAGUGAAUCAUGUUAAUCCAAGAGAUUACUGUCUAGUUAUGGUGAAUUUACCAUUACGUGGUGGUGCUGGCAUCAGUGGCAGUAACCAUAGUGGAAUGAAUGGAGUUGAACGUUUACCACAAGGUGUUGACAAAGAAAUUACACUACAUGAUAAAGAUUGUGUUUUAAAGUUUCGUGAAAUGAUACGAUCCAACUCUGGUGUAUCCAAUAUAAUACAGAUUAGACAUCGAUAUGUAGUAGGUAAAGAUGGUAAGCGGCCUCCAUUAACAUCACCAGCUUAUCCACAUGCACCAAUUCAACAAGCACCGAUUUCAUCACACUCUAAUUCUUCUUCAUCUUCAUCUUCAUUUCAUAAUCAUAAAGAUGGAAAACAAUUACGUCAAAGUCAACAAUUAACAGAUAUGCCAUAUUUAGUUCAAGUAAACGGUGACUUAGAUCAUUCAAUACAUCCUAAAGGAUUUACAAUUGAUUUAACAGAUCUAUUUACAAGAGCAUACACAUUGCCUAUUAAACUUGGUACAGUAGAAAGUAUGGUAGGAUCAUAUCCUAAUGUAUUAAUAAAUAAGACUGAAUAUCCUGAUAUUCGACCAGUUCAUUGUACAUUUUGUGUUGUCCUAACAACCAAUCAAAUUACUACGACAAAUUCAACUGUCAAUACUCAUGAUAAUACUAAUAAUAAUACAUCAAAUACUACACAGAAAUGGAAAUUACCCAAAUCUGUUUCCACGCCAGAUUUAGAAAAUUUUGCUAAUUACUCAUUACUACUUACACCAUCAUUGGAUGGUUUUACAAAACCACCUGGACCAGCAUUGAUUCGUGUGAAUGGUACACGUGUAACUGGUCCAAUACUUGUAUCAAAUAAUGCUAUUCUACAAUUAGGUAAAACAUUAUACUUAAAGUAUAUUCAACCAAUGCAAACUAAAUCAUUGAAUUCACUUAUAAAUGCUAAUAAUAAUAACAAUAAAAUGCAAAUUAAAACAGAGAAUGCAAAUAAGAUACAACAAACAAUAACAAGAUUACCAUCAUCAUUAUCGUUAACGAAUCGGUUAGCAGAUAAACAAAUUGAUUUAAUGAAUGAAAAAAAUCAAAAUGAUAAUGUUAUGAAAUUGAAGAAAGAUUCGCAAUUCACUGGAGGUACACUGUCAAAAACACAGACUUUGAAAGCUUCUUCAUCAAAUUUGAAUUUAUCAACAAAAAACCAAGAAAUUAAUGGUUUUAAUAUUGAUGGAAGUAAAAAGUCAUCUCAUAAAUUACCCAAUACAACAUUGACAUCAUCAUCAUCAUUAUCUAAAUCGGAUCAAUUACCAUUAUCCAUUGAAUUAGAACAUACAAAUGAAUUACCAUCAGAUACUUUAAUGGAUCAAUAUAUUAAUUUAAUUGAUCGUAUUCUAAUCUGUACACAAUCAGAUUUGAAUAACACACAGAAAUUAUCAUAUGAAGAUCCUGUGAAAAGUCGUUCAUUCUAUUUAUCACUUGCUUAUGCAUUGUAUUUAACUUAUAGAUCUUUUAUAAAAAAAUUAAAUACAACAAGUCAAUGUCAAUUAACUGAACGAGAACAUUGUAUAUCGCAUUUAACAAAUUAUAUGGCUAAUAGAAUCUAUGAAUCUGUACCAAAUUUCAAUCGUAAUUCUAAUUCAAAUCUUUCACUUCUUAUUAAACCAUUAACAUAUUGGCUUGGAAAUAGUAGUGAAUUAUUGCAUUUUUUUAAAAAUGAUAUUGAUCUUUGCUCAAAUCAUUCUAGAACUAAUCGUUAUCAAAAUGAUCAAUCAGGAUUAUUAAUACAAUCAGUAAUUUGUCGUGAUGCAUUACAUUUAUUAGCUGAAACUGUAGAUCAUUGUUUUUAUUAUUUACGUUCAAUUAUGUGUAGUAUACUUCAACCAUGGUUAUCAUGUUUAACAUAUCCUGGUGAUUUAGAUUUACAAGACGAUGUACUUCUAGAUGACAAACCAAUCGAUCCAUCAGAAACAUGGAAUAAACACAAAGAACCAAUAAGUAUGCAAAUUAUUCUGCGGAAUUUUACUUAUUUAAUGCAACAACUAAGAAAAUCACGUGUCAAUCCUGCUUUAACUUUCCAGUUGUACUCACAAUUAUUUCAUUUAAUUGGUGCAUAUAUAUUUAAUACAGUACUAAUCGAUACAGAAGCUAAACCCAGAAAUGUUUUAAAUGACGGUAAUUUGUGGCUUACAAGACUUGGAGCAUCACGUCUGAAUAGACGACUCGAUCGUGUUAAACGAUGGGCACAUAGACAAGGAUUAGAACUGGCAGUUGAAUGUCGUCUUCAAAGAUGUACACAGGCAUGUCAAUUGAUAAUGGCUAAUCGUACUAAUUUAGAUGAAUUCUAUCAACAUUGUAUAAGUUUAAUUUCGUUAAAUAGUAUUCAAUUAGAGUGGUUAUUAGCUCAUUUAUCUGAUCCACCACCCGUCCCUGAUGAAUGGAUUGAUUUAAUUGUGACUGGAGCCAAGGAGGUUAAUGACCGUGCAUAUGCUGAUGAAAUCGAGCAUUAUAAUAUUAAUACAGGACAAUCUGAUCAUACAUUAUCUGAAUUACAAUUGAAUGAAUUAAAAGAAUUACCAAUUCCUUUAUUAUUACCAGCUGAUGGUUAUGUAUCCGAUGCUGUACUUAGCGGUAUUCCAGAUGGUCUGUUGGAUUUUCUACAUCCUUUAAUUAAAACUGGUUUAAUUAAAGUAAGAAAGCAUUCAAUUGUAAAUGGACAAUUAGAGAAUAGACCAUGGACUAAUUGUAUGCGACUAUCAAUGCAUGAAACUGAACAUGACAAUCAUAAUCAACAUUCCAUAUUGAAAGCAACACAAAGUCAAAUUCAUAAAAAUCGUAAUGAUAAUAAUAAUAAUACUCAACAGGUUUUACAACAAAAAUGUGAUCAAAAAUUAAAACAAAAUAAAUUGGAUACUGAUCAUUUACAGAAUAAUCAAAAUUUAACAAAUUCAAAUAGUAGUUUAAAUAGUACCACAGCAACUACUACUGAUAGUGUUGAUAGUAGUGGAAGUCAUUUAAAAGAAUUUUCUACACAAACUGUACGUUAUCAACCAAAUAAAUCAUUAAAUGGUACUUUACAAAAAUCAAUAAAAAAAUCAAUACCAAUUCAUAAAGAUAUAAGAACACAUAUAUCAUUACCUGAUUUAAGUUAUGCUAAUUUUGAACAAUUAGCUAAAGAAGCUAAUGUACCAAUCAAAUCAAUAACACAAAUAUUCUUAAAAAAAAUCAAUAAUAGUUUAGGAUUAAGUAUAGUAGCAGCUAAAGCUGAAGGUCAUCGUUUAUAUGGAAUAUAUAUUAAAGAUAUUGUAUCAAAUGGUGCAGCUGAUCAAGAUGGUCGUUUAAAAACUGGUGAUCAAAUAUUAAUUAUUGGUAAUACAAAUUUAAUUGGUUGUGCACAAUCUGAUGCUGUUGCAAAAAUAUCUAAACAAAAUAAAUCUGAUGAUGGUAUACAAAUGAUUAUUGCUAAGAAAGCUGCUUAUUAUCAUAAAAUUGUUGAAUUAAUUAAAUCUAAAACAAUAAUAAAUUCAACUUCUAAUAAUAAUCAUAUAAAUCAUGAUAAUAGAUAUAUACAAUCAACUGAAUUGUCUUCAAUUCCUUCAGAGAAUAAACAUCGUAUUCAUGAUGUAUUACAUUUAAAUCAAAGUCAACCCGAUCUUCGGAUCCAUACUCAACAAGACCAAAAUACUGUAAAUAAUCUAUCAAGAAAUACUACAGAUAAAAAGGCUACCAGAAAUCAUUCCAUUUCUCAUCGCCAUCACCACUAUACACAGCAACAGACAGAUAUUGAUAAACCUGAAAAUACAUACACAUCGCGUCAUAAUCAAUAUCGAAUUGAUAAAAGUAAGCAGUUAGAUAAAUCAAAACAAAAGAUUGGUUCUUUAAGUCGAUCUACACCAUCACUGAAUCUAGCUCAAGUUGGAAUGGAUGACGAUAUGGUUGAAUUAGACGAUAAUGAAAACUAUACGGAUAAUAAUCCAGUAUCAAAUCAUUCACCCAAACGUUCAAGGAGAAAUAGAACUCGUAUUUCAGAAAAAAAUGAAAGACCUCAAAGUGUUGGUGCUCGAUCCAGUUCACAAAUUAAUCAACAACACUUACUAUCGAAUUCUUCAUCAUUUAGCACUACAUCAUCGGAAUCAGAUAUUAUUGUGAAUGAACCGGAAGAAGGUAUCGGACAGUAUCGCAAUCAUGAAAGUAGUUUCCGUAAUAGUUACUUAUCAACGCGUCAGCAACAAAGUGAAGAUUACAGAAGAACAGAAUCUCCAAUCAAAUCAUUUAAACAGAAAUACAAAUCUCAUAAACCUUCUAAUUCACCAUUAUUAUCAUCUCAUCAUAUGUCUGAAAAUUCUCACUCACAACUAAAUAUGUUAAACAACGUUUGUAUUGACAAUGAGGAUAAUACUGAUAAUGUACAUGAAAAACACUCACCUGUAAACAGUAUUAAAUAUCCUCCUCUUCCUCAUCAACAAAAUCACCAUCAAGAUGAAAGACCUCGACCAAUUGUUGAAUCAAUAACGAAUGAUUUAAGUAGUUUGGAAUCAGUAACUAGUCAACAAACUGUUUGUAGUUUAAAUGAAUCUCAACCAAUAACUGAUUCUUACGAUAAUAUGCAAAAUAAAACAAACAGUAAUGAACAUCGACGUAUUCGUCAUCAACCACCUCCGCCGCCACCUCAGUCUAAUCCAUCAUUGAAUCAUGAAGAUGGGAAACCAGCAUGGCGUGAAACAGAUUUAGAUCAUGUUACAAUAAAGAAUUAUCAUAAUAAUAAUCAUGAAAACGCUAAUCAAGAUAAUAAUGAUGAUUGGAGUCAACAUAAAUCAAUUGAGAAUAGAAAUCUCUCUUCUGUAAAAUAUGAAAGUUCAAAUGAUAUUUCAAAAAACAAUUCAUCUGCAUCUCAGAAAGUUGAUAAAACUAAUUAUGAUCCCAGUUCAACUGACCAUCUAGCCUACAUUCCAUAUUCGACUGAAACUACUCAAUCAGCUAUACAUAAAAACAAGGCAACCGAGGAAAAUAAUCCAGUGAACAAUUUGUUAAAUAUUUCACCGCAUAACUUAGGACAGUCCACUUUACAUUCUGUAAAUCAAGCAUCAGUCGGUUGCCAACAAAAUAACUCCUCAACAAAAUCACUUCCUUAUGAGGAUGAACCAGAUUCAGAAGCUUUGAAACCACCUUCUCACGCUGUAGUAUCUACUAACCGAUGGACUGAAGAACCCAGUAUAAUGAUGAAAGGUCUAGUGGAACAAACCGAUCUUCCCGUUGUACAUAUUAACCCUCAGCGUGGUCGUAUUUCAACCAAACCUUAUCACCCCAAUGAAAUAAAUCAAAUGAAAAUGGAGAAUACUAAUAACACUAUACAACCGUCUAAAUCUAUUGUACAUGAUCGUAUUCCUCAGUAUACAAAUGAUUAUCGAAAAUAUGAUUUACCAGGGAAUUUCACAUCUGUACAGAAAUCAGCAUCAUAUAUAUCUACUUCAUCUUAUCCAAAUCAAUCCUCAGGUAUACAGUUUUCAGAUAGUGAUAAAUUCAAUCCAAUUUCUUCACAAAAUAAUCGAUUAAAUAUGGAAGUACACAAUACAUUACCUACUUAUCCCAGACCUAUAACAACAUCAUAUGUUCCGUCACCACCUCCUAUUCCAACUGCAGAGUAUCCACAAUAUCAUCCACCGGAACGAUUAGAACCAGUUCACUGGUCAACGUAUAAACAUUGUUCAUCUACAAAUGAAUCACAUCUAUCGCCUAUAUCUACUAAUCCAAUUGAUGUACAAUCUUCUACAAUUAAUUCAUCAUUAAAACCAUUGGAUCGAAUAAUCCAUAAGCCAGAUUCAGACGACAAUUAUCCAUCUUCAUUAUCUAAAUAUUCCAAUAAACCAGCUGCAUUUCGUUCUUCAUCUCCGACUAGUUCAGCUGCAAGUCGCGUUAUUGCAAUUCAAUCAGAAAUUGCUGAAUUAGAAGCUCAACAACGUGUUGAUAAUCGAUUAGAUUUAAGUUCAACAUUAGAUAGAUUACAUGUGGAAUUACAAUUCCAAAAACGUUUAGCAGAACGUGAAUCGAAUUGCAAGAUUGCAGUGAAUAAUAAUAAUAAUAAUAAUAUCAGUACCAGUAAUAAUUCUAUAGUAAAAGAAACCAAAAAUUAUAAUAUACCUGAAAAAUCAAGUACACUAGAAUCAUCACAGUCUCGUUCAUCAAUGUCUAUAUCCAAUACAAAUCAUCCUAAUGAACAUGAUUGGGUUCAAAAACGUAAUCAAGCUGAACAAGAAUUAUUAGAGACACAAAAUCAAAAACUAUCACAAUUAGAACAAGAGCAUAGAGCAAUGUUAAUAAGACAAGAAUUAAGAGCUAAAGAACGUACUCAUUGGUUUGAACAUAAACAUCAAGUGCAAUCUCCCUCCAGUUCAUCAUCGUUACCUAGAAACGCAGAAACAGCUGACGAUGACGUAAAAUCAUGGAAUUAUCAAACUUUAAGUCAAGUACCCCUUAGACAAAGCUCUGAAGAUAACAUAUCUCAAAUAUCAACUAGUCAAAAUCGUUAUGGUCGUCCAAGAUUCGAUAAUAAUAAUAAUAAUAACAAUACAGAAAUAUCUAAACCUACAUCUUAUUCUUUACAACAUCCUAUUCAAUCACGUUUAGGUCCACAAAUUAUUGAAAGUGAAUUAAAUCGUUUACAAAUAGUAUCUGGUACAACUGGUUCAUCUGUUGAAAGUAUACGUGUAAAAAAAUCAGUAUCAUUUGAUAAAAAUUUAGAAACUAUAUCUGUCUAUAGUCCACCAACAACACCACAUGGAAGUUUCAUAGAACAUGGAACUAUGCAUAAAUCUCAAAUUCCUAGCAUAACAUUAACAUCGGGACCAAAACAUUCACUGAAUUCUUCAUCCAUUAAUUCAUCAUAUAAAAAAUCAUUGAGUCCUCCAGUUGGAUUUGAAAUUGAUGAUAAAACAAAUGAUAAAAAUCAUCAUACUAAUAAAACAAACCUAAAUCACAGCGUACCAAGAUCAUCUUCUCAGGGAAAACUUGCCACAAACAAUACUCCACCUACAGUAACAGUGAAACCUCCACCUAAUGCAGAAUUAUUACCAUUUAAAGAGAAAAUGCGUUUAUUUGCUCAACAAAUUGGUGAAGAUCCACCAAAAGAGCGUAUUAAAGCAUCUAGUCGUCAAAGAGAAUUACAAUCAGUAAAUAAUUUACAUUAA